AUGUCUGCCGAUAUCCCAGAUUGCACGCGGUUCUUCCUCCAUGGCGAUGAUGGAGACAUCCGUGCCGUCUUCGCAUUUGAUCGACAAGAAUCUACGGCGAAUGCCACUAAGCUGAAUCGCAAGCGCAAAGCGGAGGUGUCCGAAGCAGAGCUAAUUGCUCAGCACGACAGCCCGCAGCAAUCGAUCGUCCCGAAUCUGCAAGAAAUGCAAGAUCAAAACCAGGUAAAUGCCCAAGAGGCGGCGCAGCGCGAGGACCAACAUAAGGCCCAGAGCGCGCAACCUCAACCCGAAGAAUCCUCAGUCGGCGAGACUCAGGCCUCCAAUCCAGGGUUUCUGAGACGGAUGCGAAACCAUAUCGCCACCGCUUACAAUUCCAUCGAUCGGAGCAUGGUCGCUUCGGGAUUUCGGCACGUAUAUGAUCGUGUCACUCGGACUUUCACCCGUCGUCCUGUCCCUGUACCCCGGUACGAGGUUGAGGAAGUUCAUAGCGUCAACAACAACGUUCUUACCGUGAAGCGCAUACAUCGAAGCAAUCCGAACGCCCCUACAGUCAAACGUUUCAAGCGUCUACCCCAUAACAUCCGAGAUCGCAACACUGACGGCCAUAAUACCUUGCGUCCUGAAGCCAUCCCUUACCUCGAGCGCUUCGUUUGGACAGACGAUGUCACAAGAUACAUCGGUGAAGGUGCUCUCUUACAGGUUUUCGCCUUCUUGAAUGAGACGCUCCAGGACCUUGUCAACUGGCGAGAGCGCUUGAAAUCGUGGUUCGACGACGAACAUCAACACGCCAUGACCAUCGAUCAAGUUCCUAAAGAGGAAUUCCCCUCGCACAAUAUUCCCUUCAGCAUUAUUGUCCAUAAUUACAUGAUCGCAAACUUUGCAGCCGCUUGCGAAGAUAAUAUGUUGAUUGUCGCAGAGGGAUGGACGAGGCUUCUUCGCGAGACCAUGGACAUGAUCUCCACAAUCUACUCGCAGGCAAAUCUCCAGGAAUUGAGGGAUGCGAAUAUACUUGGACUUCCUACGGAGCGAUUCAAGCCAUUCCGUCGGACGGGAGUCAACAAAGCAUACUUUCGCCAUUGUGCUGAGUUCCUGGGAUACAUCGUCGAGCAGCGCGAGGCUAUGCACCUCAGCCGCUCGGACGCGCUUUCCUUGGCUCAAAUUGCCAUGGAUUUUGAUGCAUACCACAAAGAGGAAAUUCCCGUAAGCUACAUCGAUUGGAAAGUCAUAGACAUGCCAGGCGUUUUCCCCAGUAUUGUGGAAGACUUACUCUUCGACUACAUCUCUCUGGACGAACUCAAAUUCGAUUUUUUAGACGCCAACCAGUCCAGGAUCCGUCCUAGAGACACUGACGCUGUGAUGGCCGACCGUAACGCCCAAGCACGAAACUCAAGACGUGCACCAACACGCGUUGCCUUUGUCAGUCCAGUGGCGUACUACAUGUCGCCUGCGAGAACCCCAAGAUUCAGAGGGAACCCCGAGAACACAGAUCCUAGCACUCCAGACAGCCCUGAGACCCCAGAGAGCCCAGAGACGCCGCCGCGGACAAAGCUGGUGUUCCACGGUUCUCCCGAGGACGAAAAAGAUGUUACUGAACCACUUCCCGUCGCGCAGGAGUCAAUCACUGUCGAAAAGCAAGCAGCUUGGAAUAUUCGCAUGGCUAUGCUCGAUGAGCCAUCAGAGCUCGAGAAGCUUUUCGAUACUACGCUUCAAAUUAGCGAGGCGAAGAAGGAAGAGCAUGCACUUCGUCUACAAGAGAGGAAGGAUCGCGAGGAGGAAGAGCGGCGCAAAGUAGAAGAGGCCGAGAAGGCGCACCUCGAAAAAGUACGUCAACAAGAGGAGGCCCGUCAGGCUUCGAGAAGGGUCUUGCGUCCACCCAAACAUUCCAUCAUACCAAGCCUUACCCAUGAGUGGGAUAUGAAAGUCACACAGACUCUCUCCGCUGGAGAGAAUACCGAGCUUGCAAAAUCUCCGGAGGGUUCAGGCCUGAAGAGACGAGACUUCAGGACAGUAGUGCCGCCUACGGAGUGGCUCAACGACGAGAUUGUCAAUAGUGGACUGAUCCAUGUUGCAAAUUACAUCAACAAGCAGGCGGGUAUCAACAACACGAAGACCCAGACCGCAAAAUGCAUGGUCUUCAAUUCUUUCUUUGGAGCCAAACUCGCUAAAAACGGGGCAGAAGGCAGUGCUCGACAAAUGAAGCGCUCAGGUGUCCGUAAGGACAAUUUCCUUGAUAUCGAGACUAUCCUCGUACCCAUUUGCCGUGACAACCACUGGACUCUUGUCGUCGUCCGUCCACAAAAGCGCACAAUUACACACAUGGAUUCUCUCAAGCGGAAUGGUGCGGGUAGCCCUGACAUCACAUCCAAUACUCUGAAGUGGAUUAGGGACAUCCUCCAGGACUCAUUUGUCAGCGACGAAUGGGAUAUUGUGAAUCAUAUUUCGCCGGCCCAAGUAAAUGGAUGGGACUGCGGCGUACACGCUGUUACAAACGGGAUGUGUCUCGCUCUCGGAGUUGAUCCGACACACUAUAAAUCAGACGAGCUGCCACUGCAGCGCCGUCGCAUUGCGGCUGUCAUUCUCAACGGCGGCUUUACAGGGGACUUUGAGCUUGCCUUGUAA